AUGACUCUCUCACUACUCCUGGUUUUUCUCUCUCUUAGCCAGGAAACUGUUCAGCAGCUGGAUCGUAGAAUAUUUUUAAUAUAUAAUGAAGACCACAAGUGCUGUGUACAAGCUCACAGUUCUAGCUCAGUCAGAACUGCCAUUUGCAACCAAGACAAUGAGUCACAAAAAUUCAGGUGGGUCUCUGAUCACCAGCUUCUGAGUGUGGCAUUGAAGCUAUGUUUGGGAGUGCAGUCAAAGAAAGACCAGGUUGCAAUCACUCUGAAUCCUUGCAACAAGACAAAUGAACUUCAACAGUGGGGAUGUAGAAAUGAAGCCCUGUUUUCACUUGAAGGAGAAGAUUUAUUUUUUCAUUCUGGCAACCGAGACGAAGAAAAUAUCAUACUAUCCAAGGGAGCAGGUGUAAAGAGCAAAUGGAAGAUCUAUGGAACCACAGAUGAUUUGUGUUCCUGGGGCUAUGAAGGUUUGUGGAAUGAUAUAAAUUGUGGCUAUCCAAGUGGUUUUAUCUGUGAAAGGCACAACAGUACCAUUAACUCAACAUUUGCUCCUGCACCUCUAGGAGGCUGUCCAGAAACUUGGCUUUUGUUUAACAAUAAGUGUUUCAAAAUAUUUGGCUCAAGUGAAAAUGAGACAUUGACGUGGCAUGCUGCACGAAUGGCUUGUAUAAAUUUAGGAGGAAACCUGGCUUCCAUACCAAAUAAAGAAGUCCAAGGACUAGUUUUUGAACUGGAUGACAAAAAGCACAUCCUUAGCACAAAGGCAUUUCCCUAG